AUGGCCCCAUCCCGAAAAACCACCACACGUGUCAGUCGUUCUAAUCCGGAAGGACGGUCACAACCUACCGAUUUACCAGCAGCUAAACGCUCCCGACGUCAGCCACCUUGUGCACGUGUCAAUCAGUCCGAAGAUGCAAGCGCGUCUACAGACUCUAAUCAACUGCCUGCCCCGUCGGCUACUCAGCAAACAUCUUCUGGAACCAAUCGUGUAGAUGAUGAACAAGAUCUUGAACUCAGUAAAAUCACGUUACAGAACUAUCAUAAAGCAAAGACUCAUUGGCCUCUCGGACGCAUUGAGGAACAGUUACACAAACAGAAAUCAACCAACCAUCAGUUGAGUGCGGCUGUUAUUUCUGAAGGACAGGCUCUUCUCCAGAAUCUAGAUCAUAGUCUUCACAUGCUCGCGAUGGUUGCCAAGGUCAGUGUAAUCAAACUGAAACGAGCUUUGGGUUUGCUGGGUGGUUCACAUGGCGAGAAUGCUUGGCAUCAAUGGCUUAGCUUCGCACUUGCAGCUAAAGAUAUUGCAAGCCACCCAGAUGCUUCAAAUUUGCUUACAGCCCGUAACCAAGCAAAUUCAAAGACUUAUCAAGCGCUCGACGAUGAUGAAUACCGUGUGUUCACCGCGCCGGUUUUUUAUGCACUUGGCGGAUAUCCAGACUAUUCAGCUGUCACCAUCACCGAUGAUGUCUUUGGCGACUCCUCCAUCCUUGUCCCUGAGGUACCCAAGCUCAGCCCUGAGGACGAAGCUCGAUACCGUCCUAUCUACAAAGACCUUGUAGAUUUGAAAAAGGUGGCUAAGGAUCAAGAGCUGAAUACACCGGCUGCUUCAUCUCAAAAGGAAGAAAGACGGUCACUCCAAUGUUUCAAGAAGACAGCUCAGCAGGCAAAUUAUUAUAUCAUUGCUUGCAGCAAUAGCGAUUCAGGGAAUGGUUGGUGUCGAGAAUAUACCAGCCGGAACGAAAUGGCUGAUUGGGUAUCUAAGAAGGCUCAAUUUCAGACAGUUUUCCCUCUGUAUUGUCAACACGGUUCAACAUUCGAUGCUAUAAAAGAGGUCUUAGCAGGAACUAAGAAUACCUCUGUUGCUCAAGCUCAAAAACCAAAAAACCAAUCGGACAUUGACAAGCAUGAUUUAAGGUCCAAGUUGAAUGAAAUGUUAAAAGAUGUUGUGGGUGAGGCUCGGUUUCCGACUCGGGGUUUUCCUCAAGUACCCAAUCCUCUUGAAGCCAUCAAAGACCGUCAAAUCCCUGUCAUUGUCGAACGAGCCACCGACUGUACUCUAUCAAUGGCCGACUUCAACAAAGGUUUCACGGCUAUGGACACAAAAGCUCGACGCAAUUGGCUUAGCGACAUCAGGAGUGGCAAGUUCAAGCUCAAGUUGCUAGAGCUUCCUGGCUCAAGUGAAGGUCAACCAGCUGGAGGUACCACUCAAUCCGAGAUUCAACCAGCUCAUUCCGCGACUCAACCAGCUCAUUCCGCGACUCAACCAGCUCAAUCGGAGACUCAACCAGUUCAAUCUGAGACUCAGCCAGUUCAAUCUGAGACUCAAACAGCUCAACCACCUGCAGUUACCACUCAGGAUUCAAUGGGAGGUACAUGUGACGUUGCUUGA